CCUCGGCCACGCCAUCACAUUCAUUUCCUGCACCAUUCGCAGCGUCUUUUGAAAAGAAAGGCGAUCGCACUCCCCAGAAGGCGCCGUCCCAUUCCUAAUGGCCCUGUUAGCGAGAGUGGCGGUGAUCGGAGCAGGCGUCGCUGGCCUCGCUGCCGCCCGCGAGCUCCAUCGGGAAGGCCACCGCGUCGUCGUCCUCGAAAAACGACACAGUCUCGGAGGAACCUGGCUAUACGACUCACGAGUCGACUCCGAUCCGCUCAGCCUCGAUCCGGCCCGCGCCGUCGUCGGCACCAGCCUCUACCACUCUCUCCGCACCAACCUCCCCCGCCAAAUCAUGGGCUUUCUCGAUUAUCCAUUUGCGAAGAGUCCCCAUGAGGACCAAAGAACCUUUCCAGGUCACGAGGAGGUGCUUUGGUUUCUAAACGAGUUCGCCGACGAGUUCCAACUCCGUGAGUUGAUUCGGUUCUGCACCGAGGUCGUCCGAGCGGAGCGAGCUGAGGGGAGGAACGACGAGUGGGUGGUUGAGUCGAGGAGUCGUGGGUCUGAGUCGGCAAAGGUGGUGAGGGAAGUGUAUGACGCUGUGGUCGUUUGUAACGGACACUACACUGAGCCCCAUCUCGUCGAGGUUCCAGGUAUUGAAAAAUGGCGUGGAUAUCAAAUACAUAGCCACAAUUAUCGCAUUCCUAAACCAUUCACGGGUCAGGUGGUGGUUCUCAUUGGAUUUGGACCUAGCGCUUUUGAUAUCUCUAGAGAUGUGGCGACGGUAGCCAAGGAAGUUCACAUCGCAACAAGAGCCCCUAAUGUAACAGUUGGAAAAUUAGACAACCAUAAAAACAUAUGGCAGCAUGAAAUGAUAGAAUUUGUUGAUGAAGAUGGUAAAGUUGUCUUUCAAGAUGGAUCCUCAGUUCAUGCAGAUACCAUUUUUUACUGUACUGGGUACAAAUACCAUUUUCCAUUUAUUGAAACAAAUGGAAUUGUAACCAUUGACGACAACCGUGUUGGGCCACUGUAUAAACAUGUCUUCCCUCCGCGCUUAGCUCCUUGGCUCUCUUUCAUUGGAAUGCCUAAGCAGGGUACCCCAUUUAUGACAGCCGAGUUACAAUCCAAGUGGUUGGCACAUGUUUUAUCUGGUAAGGCAUUGCUGCCAACAGAAGAGGAGAUGAUGUCUGAUAUCGAAAAAUACUAUCAUCAUAUGGAGGAAACUGGAGUGCCCAAGCGCUUCACCCAUGUCCUUCCCCCCAAUGAGAUUGAGUACAUGAAUUGGCUACUUGCUCAGGUGGGAAUGCCACCAUUGAAGGAGUGGAGAGGAAGGAUGUACAGGGAGUGUGCCAUGUUAGCAAAAGCCAAGCGAGAUGGGUACAAGGAUCAAUGGGAUGAUGACUAUUGGGAUGCAGUCAUCGCAUCACAGGUUGAUUCCGUAGUCCCAAAAAACUUGAUAUCUUAGUUUUGCACUAAUGUGUUCUCUCUCUCUCUUUUGUUGACUACGAAUGAGAUUGGUAAAUUAUUGUAUAUUUUCUUUGAUUAUGAAAAAUAUA